AUGACCAAAGAUAUAUCAAGAUAUGUCAAAUCAUGUCAGAAAUGUCAAAAAUCUAAAAUUCAUAAUCAUACAAAAAUACCAAUGACAAUAACUGAUACGCCAACAGGCUCUUUUGACACAGUAUUGGUAGAUACCAUUGGUCCAUUACCUAAAACUGAGAAUGGCAAUGAGUAUGCUGUCACACUUAUAUGUGAUUUAACAAAAUACUUAGUAGCUAUACCAAUACCAAAUAAAAGUGCAAAUACUGUAGCCAAGCGAAAAUACUCAUCAAUAAUUGGCGUACAUUACACUAGUGUGCUAGUGCAACAAUCACCUAAAUCUCAUACUAUUCCUAAAUCUCCAGAUACCAUGAGCGAAGUUCUAAUAGUAGUUAAGUACCUGGAUGUGCUUGUAAAUGCUGCAGGAAUAAUUGAAACCGGUUCCAUCGAAAACACGAACUUAGAGCAAUUCGAUCGUCUUAUGAAUACUAAUGUGAGAUCUGUCUAUCAAUUAACAAUGUUGGCCGUACCGGAAUUAAUAAAAACCAAGGGAAAUAUUGUCAACAUAUCAAGUGUUUGUGGUUUGCGUGCUUUCCCGAAUGUAUUGGCUUAUAAUAUAUCAAAAACGGCUAUUGAUCAGUUUACACGAUGCGUUGCUUUAGAACUGGCAGCAAAAGGUGUGCGUUGCAAUUCUGUCAACCCAGGUGUUAUAGCAACGGAAUUGCAUAAACGUGGUGGUAUGGAUGAAACUGCAUAUGCAAAAUUUUUGGAACAUUGUAAAACUACACAUGCAUUGGGAAGGGCUGGGGAAGUGCAUGAGGUUUCGGGUGUGAUUUGCUUUCUAGCUAGCGAGAAAGCCAGCUUUAUAACUGGUGUCAACAUGCCAGUUGACGGUGGUCGACAUGCAAUGUGUCCAAGAUAAAUGCAGAUUGCAAUAAGUAUAGUAUAUUUUGAGACUAAGAAAUACAAUAGCUUAGCUAUAAUCUUUUCAAAGGUGCUGGUUUAGGACAUAAAUCUGAAUAUUUUGUAUUGUGAAAUUAAAUAAAAUUUGA